CGUCGACAUCGAGUUUCUCCACGACCUCCUCUCCCCGCCCGCCUCCCCGCCCGACCACAACCACAACCACCUCGCAUGCCCACCACCGCCGCCGCACGCCUCCGCCUCCGCCGCCGUCUCCUCCUCCGCCACCGCCGCCGCCGCCGCCGCCGCCGCCUCUGCGCGCGCUGUCGGCCGUGCGCUUCGCAGCGCGUGCGCUGGUGGGGGCUUUGCUGCUGUCGGCGGAGAGAGGGGCUACGUGCCGCUGGGACCGUCGCCGCUCUCGCCAGAGGUGCGGAUGGCGGUGAUGGAGGCGCGCCUCCCCUUCUUCGAAGCGCAACGCAGCGAGGUGCACAUCGAGAGGCUCACCAUGCGCUACACGGACGACGACAUCGAGGCGGAGCUGCGCAGCCGGACGCACGCCGAUGCGUACUGGCUGCAGCAGUCGGCGCUUGCCCUCUUCCUGGCCCAGCACCUCGCCACGCCGCUCGUCUGGCCGACGCUGCUGCCGAUCUCUCUCAUCUGGGCGCCCAUCUGCGUCGUCCAGCUCCUCUCGAGGCACUCUCUGAGCAAGCUCUCCGACCCAGCGCUCGGGUACCGGCUCGGCGCGGAGAGGAUGGUGGCCCUGCUCGUCUGCGGCUGUGUCGCGCAGUGGCUCGAGGUUUGGACAGGGUCGCUCGAGCCGGUGCCGCGCUCGCUGGCGAUCUUCUACUACUCGCACUUCUUCCUCAUCUUUAUCAUGUUCCACCUCACGCACACGGCCUUCCGGCUGCGCGUGGUCGGCCACGCCGCCGGCAUCCUUGCCUUCUCCACCCUCGGCUGGGGAGGGCCCCUCUCGGGCAGCCGCGGCGACCUUCUUGGAGAAGAAGCGGGCCGCCUCCCUUCUCGCCAAGCUCGAGCAGGUCACGGCGGGCAAGGAGGCGGGCGGGGGCGCACU